AAAACCUGUUUAAAUAGAGGUGAUUUACGCAAUUCUCGGUUGAAAGAGCAAAGCCUCGAUCUCCAUCUCUCUUAACUGAUCCUACUACUACUACCAAUCAUCUCUAUUUCUUCAACAUGACACCUCCAAAUAAUUUCAAUCAUGGACCAAAACCCACUUCCGUAAUCACUUUCUUUGUUCAAUAACCACUCGCAAUUUCCAUUCCAUGGAUUUCCCUCUUACACCAUCAGAGGAGUAUGUGCUAAAAGAAAUGAUGAUGAUGAGAGAGGCUUAUGGUCGAACCACGUCGUCUUCUUCUUCUUCACUGGUGUUGGAUAGUGAGAAGGGUGAGAUUGUGAGGGCAUUGGUGAGACCUGGAGCUUUUCAUCAUAAUUAUCAUCAUCUGGUUAAUCACAAAGCAGAUAAGGCUUCAAUGGCCUUGAGGAAUCAUAGUGAAGCGGAACGACGUCGUAGAGAGAGGAUUAAUGGACAUUUAUCUGUGCUUCGUAGUCUUCUUCCGGGUACUGCCAAGAUGGACAAAGCGUCGUUACUUGCGGAAGUCAUCUCGAAUUUGAAGCAAUUAAGGAAGACUGCAACAAAAGCCACUAAAGACGUUCUUAUCCCGAUGGAUAUCGAUGAAGUAAAAGUUGAACAACAAGAUGAUAACAGUCUAGAUGAAUCAUCAUAUUCCAUACGAGCAUCUCUCUGUUGUGAGUAUAAACACGAGGUUUUAUCCGACUUAAAAGAAGCUCUUGAUGGUCUCAACUUAAAAACAAUUCGUACAGAAAUCGCGACAUUAGGAAGCAGGAUGAUGAAUCUUUUUGUAAUUACGGGUAGCAAAGAUGAUGUAAACAUCAAAGAUAUCGUGAGUUCGAUUCAUCAGGCACUCAAAUCGGUUCUUGAUAAAUUCUAUGCUUCACAAGAGUUUUCUGAAAGUAAUUCUCUUUCAAACAAAAGACGGAGGGUGUCAUUUUUUACGCCCUCUAACUCGUCUUCUUUAGGGGACUUCUGGUAAAUGAGGUGUUUAUAUGUUUUGGCCUGAACUCGUUAGACCAGACCCACCUGCCUGUUUCGCCAGGUGCAUACAAAAUCAUUUUACAUAUUCCAUUUCUGAUGCAUAAUUUGUAUGCCAAACAUGUUGUUGCUACAAGUUUAUUGUAGAUAAUAAAAAUCUAUAUGUGCUUUUUGUUCCUAUUU